AUGCGCUCACUUGUCGGACUAAUCGCUGUCGUCGUCGUAGCCACGUUAUAUUUGUACCUGCUGUCCACCUACCUCCCUGCGGGGCCGCGACAUCUUCGUCCCAAUGGCGAAACACAGAGAGCGGACGCGGCGGAGUCCGAGCAGCCCGCCGAGAGUUACGGAGAGCCGAGCAGGCUGAAGUUCCCAUCAGAUCUGGAGGAGCUGCGGGAGCUGGCCGAGCUGCUGCAGUUUUACAAAACCGAGCACACUGGAUAUGUCCUGCUGCUCUUCUGCAGCGCGUAUCUCUACAAGCAGUCCUUCGCCAUCCCCGGAUCCUCAUUCCUGAACAUUCUAGCAGGGGCUAUAUUUGGACCGUAUGAAGGACUGCUUCUCGCCUGCGUGCUCACCACUGUGGGCUCCACCAUGUGCUACCUCCUGUCCCAAGCCUUUGGAAAACAGCACAUCGUCAGCCACUUCCCAGAUAAGGUCUCCAUGCUGCAGAGGAAGGUGGAGGAGAACCAGGACUGUUUGUUCUUCUUCCUGCUCUUCCUGAGAUUCUUCCCCAUGUCUCCAAACUGGUUUCUAAACAUGUCAGCGCCCAUCGUCAACAUCCCCGUCACCUUCUUUUUCUGCUCAGUCUUCAUCGGCCUUCUCCCGUACAACUUCAUCUGCGUCCAGACGGGCGUCAUGCUGUCCGAGGUGUCCUCCCUGGACGAUUUGUUCUCGUGGGAGCGGCUGCUGCAGCUGCUGGCCAUCGCCUGCGUGGCUCUGCUGCCCGGGGCCCUCAUCCGCCGCUACAGUCAGAGCCGCCUCAAACUGGACGACCCGCAGCGGAACGGGCUCGCCACAGACAAGAAGGCCCAGUAAGUCCGCCUGGGAAUGAACGCCGCAUCGUCUGGGACCACGCCGCCAUCUGUACGCCUGUCACUAUCAGUGUAUUUAUCAGUGUUGGCACAAGAGGGAAGGUUUAUAAGUGGUGAUUACCCAGAAAGAUUUCUUGCACUUGCUUGUGUGAAGACCGAUUAGGAAGAAUCUGUGGCAGAGGGACAUUUUUAACUCAUAAUGGUGUACUUUUCUGGAGCCACCCACACACAGGAAGGGAUUGCAGUUUGUAGAGAAUGUUUGUGGCUCAGUUGGACUGGAAGGUGAAUAUUUUUUGUCACCAAACACUCGUGUGUGUUUUUAUUACAGCGUCGAAGACCACAGUAUGUAUGUACGUGCAAAAGACAAACUGAAGGGAAAACUGCUCCUGCACUUGUUCAGUCCAGUUACAGUGUUGCUGUAAUGUAAAUGGCCAUGUAUUUUUGAUACAUCUCGCUGUACUUGUUGUUGCUGGGUUUUAAGUGCCUGUGGAGGAGCGGCGAAAAUCCAGACUCUUUGUUUCAAACCACUACCUCGGAAAAUGGCAAAGGGAGAGCUCAGAGUAAAUGUUUUAGGCUUGCCCGUGGUUGUGGAGACAGUCCAGAUAACGCACCAGUUAUUUUCUACGGGAGCUUCAUGUAAAUGAUUUGACCUGUAACUAACUUGCAUAUGGUGUGGCAUAUCUUUUACAACUCGGAGGUUGCAGCUUCAUUGAGAGUCCGCUAUUGGGCUGUGCGUUAUUUACAGAUAAUCAUAUGUUUCAUUAUUUUUCUUGUUGGAUAUUGCAAGUGGCAUAUAAAUUGAAAUGCAAUAUACAGUCAGAUAUUAGAUUUUAAGAGUUAAUAAGCAAAAAAGACAAUUUGCUGCUUACAAUUUGCUGUUUGAAUGCAGAGAAAGGCUUUUUUUUGUACAGUUUAAUUUAUAAGCUAGGGAUUUGCCUCGGCACAAGAACUCAGUGUUCAGGAGUCCAUUUUGACCAACCACCGCUCUCACGCUCUAAUGAAAUAAUUGCAGCUUCAUACGAUUUGGAGCUUUAUGUAAUUCAUAUCGCAAUUUUCUUUUCUUUCUUUUCUUAAUUAAUUGUGCAGCCCCUUUCCACGGUGUCACAGUGAUAACACAUCCAGCUGCGUUGUGAUUGUUUGUAACUGAAUGUCCAAUUAAUUCGGACAGUGUGAGGCCUGUUUAAUCAUGCCUUAAUGUUGCUAUAAAUUACUUGAAGCUCUUUUCUGCCUCUUUCCACGCCCACGUCUACUUUAAUCCCGCAGUGUCCGCACAGCACUUUUAAGUUUAUCUAUGCAUUAUUUGCAGUCUUUUUCAGAGCUUUUGGUCUGUUUUUUUGCCAUUCAGGUUCAGUGUAAUGUUAUUGUCACACCAGUAUUCAGUUUCACCACAGAUGUCCGUUCUUUUUAGUGUAACACUAUCCAUAAUUUGGCUUGGACAAUGUGUUAUGUCAAUAAAGAAAAGUGUGUUGCCUGUAUGUGAGAAAAAA